CCAAGAGCCGUUUCUCCUGCGGAAUUCGUCACUGCAGCAGGAAGCCCGGCUUCCCCUUCCAUGGGGAAAGGGCCGGAACCCACUCCUGCCUGACCCUCCCGUUAGAAACAGGGGAAAUUCCUCUACAUGAGCCGCCUCGCUCCGGACAAAGCUUGGCAUGUUUCUUAUUCCCCAUCAGUCUGACAAAAUAGGUACUUAUUUGUGCCUCUCAAGCAUGUGGCUUGGACAUGGUGUUCCGCAUCGUGGAAGUGGCCGUGCACCAAGUGAAAUAUCCGUUACUAUAGUAACAGUUCCUUUUUAUUGAUACCAGAAUAAACAGGAAUGCAAAGUCUGUCUCACUUGUUGGCACAUUUCAGCUGCCUCCCAUCCCCAGGGGUUUAAGAACCGCCCUUUGGAGGCGGCCCUCCUUGCUAGUCUGGGACUUCCCGGAGGAGUGAAGAACCCAGCUACGCGGCUCCUGACUUCCCUUCCCAGGGACGCGGCCCAAGAACUGCCAUGUACUCGGAAAUCCAGAGGGAGCGCGCGGACAUCGGGGGGCUGAUGGCCCGGCCGGAAUACAGAGAGUGGAACCCGGAGCUCAUCAAGCCCAAGAAGCUGGUGAACCCCGUGAAGGCCUCCCGGAGCCACCAGGAGCUGCACCGGGAGCUGCUCAUGAACCACAGAAGGGGCCUGGGUGUGGACAACAAGCCGGAGCUGCAGCGUGUCCUAGAGCACCGCCGCCGGAACCAGCUCAUCAAGAAGAAGAAGGAGGAGAUGGAGGCCAAGAGGCUGCAGUGCCCCUUUGAGCAGGAGCUGCUGAGGCGACAGCAGCGGCUGAACCAGCUGGAAAAGCCGCCGGAAAAGGAAGAGGACCAUGCCCCCGAGUUUAUUAAAGUCAGGGAAAACCUGCGGAGAAUCGCCACGCUGCCAAGCGAAGAGAGGGCGCUGUAGGUGUAGGGUUGGCUGCUGGGCCCCGCUGCGCCCACCUGGCCGGGACACCCUCCACCAGCCCCUCAGUACCUGGCAGCCCGGGGACCCGGCCUCGGGGCAUCUGUCACCUUCCCACCCACUCCCAUAAAAAUGUGUUGCCCCAGAGGCCCCGCUUUCUGUAAACGCCUAGGCUUUUCCUUCUGAGCACCCAGCCCUCCUGCCCCACCAGGAAGCCAGCCCAGAAAAACCUUCACCAAGGCGCCGCCCCCCCCAGGGGUUGCUGAGCCCAGCAGGGGAGGAUUUUCUGGCAGAACUGGGAAGGAGGGACAGGCGGCCCUCUGGCUUGACAAACCCUCCAUCCUGCCCAGGCCUCCCCACCAGGAACCUCUGAGGCUCCCCAGGGUCCUGCUUCUCAGAGCAGCGUGGCUCCUGGGUCUCAGAGAAGUCUCUCCCUCCCUCCCCUCACCUGUGGUGUCACCUGCAGCCAGCAGAGCUUAACUUCAAGGACACCUGCCCCAAAAGCCCCUGAGGGGAGGUUGGGCCCGCAGCCCCCAGGCAUGAGAGGUGGGAACGGUGAUGACACAGCAUGUUAGGGUUUGCCAGGCUUUCCCCCCACACCCCCGCUUUGCUUUUCUCCCCCACACAGCCCUCCCUGUCGGGGCCUUGUAACAGGCCUGGCCAGGGCUGCAGUGUUGCUGUGCCCGGAACUCCGCAGCAGUGCUUCCCAAGCUUUAUUGUGCAUACAAAUCCCUGGGGACCCGGUUAAAACUCAACUUCUGAUUCGGUAGAUUUGGGGUGAGGGCCGAGAUUCUGCAUUUCUGACAAGCUGAGGCCCGCGCUGUGAGCAGCAGGGCUGGAGCAGCCAGGGAUGACACGUAUUGGAAAUACCAUCCCUGAAGCCAUCACUGUCCCCCAGCUCCUGUGGAUCUCUGCCCUGGGGGUUCCCACCCCACAGACCUGGUCCCACCCCUGCUCUGUAGGCCCAGGUACCCUUCAUUCAUUUUUCACCCCACCCCCAAGGACUCCCAUCCAGGAAGCCUUCGGCCCAGCAAAUCGUGUUGGUUGUGUGAUUGUCAUUUUUACUAGAGAUGUAUAGAAUUGCCAAUCUGCAUUUCUUACCAGUGUCACCACACUGCUAAUGAUGCAAUUCCAGCCAAAAAACAGAAAAAGAAAAAAAAAUUUUUUUUAACCUUUUCCUACAGCCUUAGAGAACACAAAUACACAAUGAUUUCCAGGAGGCUUCUGGAAAUAGAAACAGUGGUUAGAAAACCCCACUGCCACCUUUAAGGACUGGCCCCUUGGAGUCAGCGUUUCCAGCCUCUGUCACCUAAGGCCCACCCCCGCCCCGGGCCGGCUCCGAUGAAUUCACCCAGUUUCCUUCCUCAAAAGCCCUUCCUGUGCGAGGCUCAAAUAUUUUAACCUUUUGCUCCUAUCCCAUUUUUAAAGAUUUAGAGAAUAAACCCAGCCUGUUUCUUUCCCCCUGAAGACUAAAGUCCCUACCUCUGGCUUCUCAAGCCCAUCAUUCAGGGUGACGGCAGUGCUAUAAAAGCAUCUCCUUUCACUCCCCCAAAACUGCCAGAAAGAGCUGCCGCGGGGCUGCCCUUUGAUUCCCGGGAGCAACGGUGGGACCAACAGAGGAAAGGACUCAUCCUGGUCUGACUCCUAACUGGGUGGUUCGGGUGACUGAAGAUGUCGUCCUUCCCCCGUGUGUGGUGCCAGCGCAGGGUGUGAAUGUAGACUGUCAGCCUGCGUGUGUGUCUGUGUGUCUGUGUGUCUGUGUGUGUGUGUGAAGUCGAGCGCUCAAUGGCUCCUGACGGUCCAGACUGGCGGCGUCUUGGCGAGAACGUGCUAGUGCUGUUUUCAGUGCCUGCCAGGUGCGGGUUAUGGGAAAGACGCACGACAGAGAAGCAAGACAGGGCGUCUCAGAUGGAGUAGGACCCUCCAAGGGCGCGUUGGGGCUUCACCCAGUGGGCCCCAGAGGUUCUCCAUGGAGGCGACAGGUCAUGGAGAAGAAGCCCCAGAAGUAGGAGAGACCGUGGCAGACGCCCUUGGUUCACUCUCCGGUGGUCAGUCUCAACUCCAUCUCUCCAUCUCUCUCCUCCCACCGAGUUGGCCGUCCGGCCAGAUUCUUGCUGUUCUGCCUCCUUUCUAGCUUGGGAUGACCAUGUGACCAGGUAUGGCCAAUGAAAUUGAAGAGGAAGUCUACAGGGGAUUCUAGGAAAGCUUAGGCUUUUCAGAUAAAACACAUCAACAUGGCUAAGAUCUCUCUGCCCCUCCUUUCUUCCUGCCUUGAUUGAGGAUGUGAUGCCUGGAGCUAUAGCAGCCAUCUUGCUAUUAUGAGGAAAAAGGCCAAGAAAGUCACAGAGACAUUGACCCUAUCGUUAUUUGACCAAGCCAAUGCCAGCAUGCAUCCUUCUUCAGAAUUCCUGUAAAUAAAAUAAAUCUCUCUUUGUUUAA